GCGCGAGGGAGGUGCACGGGGAGACGUCGUUUCAGCUCUCGGUAAUUCCCGAUUGCCGCCGCUAGAGGCGCUGUUGCGCAAUGAACUACGGUACUACGGCGACGCGAAGGCAAGCCGAGGAUCUCUCGCCGUUCUCGCUGAUUAAACCGUAUCCGAGGCGCCGCUGAUUGAGCGACGCCUGAAAUCGACCUGAAUGGAGACCUUCGAGGACGACGAUGACACGCACUUCUGCAUCAAGUGUAACCUGACGAUACACGGCCUCGAUAAUUACGUACGGCAUCGUCAGUCGGGCUGUCGUCCACCCGACGACAAGAACGACACCGUCCACGAGUCGCCGUCGACGCCGACGACGGUGUCCUAUCCCGAGAUUCUAAACGCCGACGCGUUCUUCAACUCGCUGGAGUUGCAGAGCAGCAAGUCGAACCCGCGGCGGGCGCCGAGUCCGUUGGACAACGUUGGCAGAAAGUAUAAGAAAGGCGAGCGGAAGAAGAAGAGCCAGAAGAGCGUGCAGGUGGUGGACGCCGACGAGGCUGGCGCCAAGGACAAACUCCACAGCAUGUUACCCGCCGUCAGCGACCUGGACGACCCGGUUCACCUGUGCAUCCAGUCGCUAGUGUUCCCCGACAUCGCCUCGACGAUCUCGUUGACCGGCAAGACCCCUGCGACCGUUACGCAGGGCAAACUGACGCAAUCGAUGUCACAAGCCGGCUCGAACAUGGACGCCGCGAACUUCCCGAUCAAGCACGAGCCGGAAACGUCGCUGGAGAUUCUAAUGACCGACACGAAGCAGACCGAACGGAAGAGGCAGGAGAAUCCCCAGCGAAUAGAGUCCGAUCACCAGACCUGGCUGGAAGACCCGAUCCUCGCCGACCUUAUCUUGGGAAACAGCGAGAACAAGGAGCUGACUAGAUACGACUUCGAGUACCAGCAGGACGACGACUCGGAGGACGACAUGCUGGACGACGACUCGGCGGGGGAGGACGACUCUUACUCGGACUCCGACGACGGCGAAAAUCGGGAGCGUCCAUCGCGAGCUCACACCGGCGGCAAGCGGAAGCCUGAGCUCGGCGAUUUGCCGCAGGACAUGCCGCAUAUGCAUGAGGAGGACGUGGAUCCUGAGGACGACCAUCAGGAACAUCCCCCGCCGACGUAUACCGGCGGAAAAUGGAAGCCCGCGGAGACGUCGCAGAAGAUCGAGGAAUACGAGAGCAAGGACACAUCCGGACAGCCGCCGCCGGGACACACGCGAGGGAAAUGGAUACCGGGUGCACGGACGGAUAUCGAAUCGGGAUAUUGGUGCAAUCCUUGCGGCAGGAAGCUCGCCUCACGACUGGUCUACAACAGGCAUCUGCUCUCUGAUUUGCACGCUAGAAGGAGCAUUAGAGAGAUCGACGACGGUGUCCAUCUAGCGCGCGGGAUGGCUUCGUGCGCGAAUAGAAGAGUGUCCGCUCGCAGGAAGGCUUCGCUCGCAACGAAACCGACGGAGGAGGAGGAGCCCGAGCGAAAGGAAGGCAAGAAACGUGUGCGCAGACGGGAGAAGGAGUUCGUCUCGUGCGAGAUGUGCCGCACGCGCGUGAGGAGGCCUCAAAUGGGUAAACAUUUGCUCUCCCAUUACCAUUGCCGCGUGGCAGGAAUGAAUCCUUGCAGCCCGCGCGCACGUCGCUUCCUGCUGGAGAACAUGGCGAAUGUGGUCCGCCAGUGCUCCUUCCAAUGCGCCCCUUGUCGUUUUUACUGCAACACCGAGGAGACCUUCCUGCUUCACUGGCGUUCUGAUCUCCACAUCAGUACCUUGGAACGGAUCGGCGGCAAUUGCAAAUGCACUCCGUGCAACUUUUGGUGCGAAGACAACGGCAUGAUGGAGUCUCACCUUCUGAGCGCGAGUCAUCGCGAAGUGGUGUCCAUGAUGAACGGCUCCGUGCCGGUAGUAAUUAGUCGCCGACGGAGCCUGCCCUGCGGCACUUGCGGCCGGCAAUUUCGAUACAACUUCCAGCUGCGGAUGCAUGCCAAGGAGACGGGCCACGAGCCGAGCUUCAGCGCGUCGGACGAGUAUCAGCAACGCAUUCGGUGCGAUAUGUGCCCGAAGAUUGUGCACUCUCUGAUCUCGCUGCAGCGUCAUCAGCUGCACUAUCACGUCGUCAAGGACGACGAGGGAAAGACGGCAGCGGCGGUGGUCGCGCGACCGGCGCCGUACUUCUGCUCGUUCUGCUCCAUGAACUUCACCACCACCCACGAAGCGAUCCGACAUCGGAGAACUUCCAGUCACAAGGAGGCCGUAAAAGCCCGCAAAAAUCCGGGAGGAUCGUCGCCUGCUACGACGCGGGAAUGCCCUCACUGCAACGAGAGGUGUCCGGAUCUCCUGGCCUACAAGAAUCAUCUUCUCCAUUGUCAUCCGGAACUGUGCCACAGAUGUCCCCGCUGCGGCGUACUCUUCGCCCUGUCGCAAGAAGUCACGAGGCACACGCGAGAAGGCAACUGCAGCAGGGACGACGAAACGAGCAUGGCGCAGACGGAGGCCGAGAAGGAAGGAUGGAAAUGCAAGGACUGCGUGUUCUUCACGGAUUCUCAAGCCGAGUACGUCUUUCACGAGGCUCUCCAUGCCGGCGCCGUCGAGGCGGACGACGCAGCUGCCGAGAAGCUGCCGGCGAAAUAUCAGUGUCCGAUUUGUAAGAAGGCCCUGAGGAAAGCCUCGCUGCGGAUCCACAUCAGACAGCACACCGGGGAGAGGCCGUUCCCCUGCGCAAAGUGCUCCGUGUCGUUCCCCAAGAGGUCGGACCUCAACGCCCACCGGAAGGUGUGCGGCACUUCGUCGUCGCCGCGGUGCCUGGACAAGAGCGGCCGGCAGCGGAACUUUGCCUGCUCGGACUGCAAAGAGAGCUUCUACACCAAGUACGCCCUUCAGCAGCACAUGUUGCGGCACUUUGGUAAAAAGUACAAGUGCGGACUUCCGGGCUGCCCGACGGUCCUCCGCACCGCGGCCGAGCUCGACAGGCACCGAAAGCUGACCCACGACGUCGUCGAGAAGCAGUACUCCUGUCCCGACUGCCCGUACGCCGCGAAGACGAAGACGCAGUUGCGCAGGCAUAGAGCGAAGCACGAGGAUCCCGCGAGCGCGGAGGAACGGCGGAUCCACCGCUGCACUUUCGCCGGCUGCAAUUUCAAGACGAAAGUCAGCUCCCACUUGCAGAGACACGUGCGGCUGCACACGGGCUCGAAACCGUACAAGUGCCGGCACUGCUCCUACGUUUGCAACAAUCUGGAGAACCUCCGGAGGCACGUGCUGUCGACGAAUCUACAUCCCGGCGAGACGAUCUACGAGUGCAGCUUGUGCGACGACGGCGCCACGACGUCGGGGCCGUUCCGCACGAACUUCGCCAAGGAACUCCGCGCUCACCUGUCGGAAGCUCACGCCGAUCACUUCCCGACGCCCGACCUCGCGCACAAGUACGUCCUCGAGCUCUUUUCCGCCGGCCCGAACUCGUCCGAUUGAAGGAAGCCAGGAUCCGUCACGUCGAAGACGCUCGCGCGGUCUCGUCAGGUCGAUCCUAUUUCCACCUGCACGUCGCGUGUCACCAGGGGUUAAUUGCUCGGAAAACGGAUCGUCGCGCCGCGUGGAACGCCUGUGUGUAUGUGUGUGUGUGUGUGUGUGUGUGUGUGUGUGACGAUCA